AUGUUGAAGAGGAACACCCUGGUUGAGGAGGGUAGGCCUCCGCGGAAAGUCCGAUUCCGCAUCGCCUCUUCCCACAGCGGAAGAAUCCUGAAGGAGGUCUACACCGAUGGAGAAAGUUCUGACUCCUUGGAUUCGGAGUAUACCAGCAGCUCGGAAACCGACCCCAACAGCCGUCUCAGUGGGUCGGAUGGACAGAACAACGGACACCUCAGCUCCGAAGGGGAUGAGAACGAGACGGAGACAGGGGACAUGUUCUCCUUUGUGAGGGCCUCCAAAGAAAGGGGGUUUGGUACCAAACGGAUCAACAUCCUCAGCAAAAACGGGACGGUUAGAGGGGUCAAGCAUAAAGUCAGCGCUGGCCAGGUCCUCUUUGACAACUUAGGCAAAGUCUUUGAGUUAUCCUCUGUUUUGGAAAACGGGCGCAUCGUCAUCUACACCACCAGCCUUCGGGUGGUGAGAACCACUUUCGAAAGAUGCGAGUUAGUUCGGAAGAUCUUCCAAAACCACCGAGUGAAGUUUGUAGAGAAGAACAUUGCGCUGAACGGGGACUACGGGAAGGAGCUGUCUGAGAGAUGCAGAAAGCUGGGAGAAAUCCCGUCGGUCCCUGUCGCCUUUAUCGAAGGCCAGUAUCUGGGGGGUGCUGAGAAAAUUUUGUCAAUGAAUGAAUCGGGGGAGCUGCAGGACCUCUUANNNNUUCUGUAGAGAGUUCAACACCCGCACGAAUGCCUCUCCUGCGGGGGCUUCGGCUUCCUUCCCUGCUUCACGUGCCAUGGGAGCAAAAUGUCCAUGUUCCGGAACUGUUUCACAGACUCCUUCAAAGCCCUCCGGUGCACGGCCUGCAACGAGAACGGCUUGCAGCGGUGCAAGAAGUGCAUGAGCUAA